CGCGUGAAGCGAAGCUGAUCAGGGUGCUGGUGGUGGUGUGGGUGCUGGUGGCGGCGUCGGUCUGGACGGGGCUGCACUACCGCUUCCGCCGCGCGGCGAUGCGCAAGGCCGAGGAGGGGCUCGUCAGCAUGUGCGAGGAGCGCGCGCGCAUGCUGCAGGACCAGUUCGCCGUCUCCGUCAACCACGUCCACGCCCUCGCCAUCCUCGUCGCCACCUUCCACUACGAGAAGCACCCGCCCGCGCUCGACCAGGACACGUUCGCGGACUACACCGCCAGGACGUCGUUCGAGCGGCCGCUGCUGAGCGGGGUGGCGUACGCGCAGCGGGUGGUGCACGCCGACAGGGAGAGCUUCGAGCGCCAGCAGGGGUGGAUCAUCAAGACAAUGAAGCACGAGCCGUCCCCGGUGCAGGACGAGUACGCGCCGGUCAUCUACUCGCAGGAGACCGUCUCCUACAUCGAGGGGCUCGACAUGAUGUCCGGCGAGGAGGACCGUGAGAACAUUUUGAGGUCAAGAGCAUCAGGGAAGGCGGUUCUCACGAGACCGUUCCGGCUCAUGUCGAACCACCUGGGUGUUGUACUGACUUUUCCUGUUUAUCGCGAUGAUCUUCCAUCUGAUGCCAAGGAGGAGGAUCGUGUUACGGCCACCGCUGGGUACCUUGGGGGAGCUUUUGAUGUAGAAUCAUUAGUGGAAAAUUUGUUGAGGCAGCUAGCUGGCAAUCAGGAACUGGUGGUAAAUGUUUAUGAUGUCACAAACAACUCAAACCCUCUUGUCAUGUAUGGAUCCGAAGUUCCUCUUGGUAACCCCUCACCAUCGCACAUCUGCAUGCUAGAUUUUGGCGACCCAUACAGAAAGCACCAUAUGAUUUGCAGAUACAGAAACAAGCCUCAUGUCCCAUGGUCUGCAAUUACUACCCCAUCUGGUGUAUUUGUCAUAUUUAUGCUUGUGGGCUACAUACUCUAUGCUGCUUGGAGUCGCUAUGAUAAUGUUAAGGAAGAUUGCCGAAAGAUGGAGGAGCUGAAAAAGCGGGCAGAAGCAGCUGAUGUUGCUAAAUCUCAGUUCCUUGCAACUGUUUCUCAUGAGAUCAGAACGCCCAUGAAUGGUGUCCUAGGAAUGCUUGACAUGCUGUUAGACACAGACCUAAAGUCUACCCAGAGGGAUUAUGCACAAACCGCUCAAGUCUGUGGAAAGGCUUUAAUAUCCCUGAUUAAUGAAGUGCUCGACAGAGCGAAAAUUGAAGCUGGAAAGUUGGAUCUUGAGUCUGUACCAUUUGAUCUGAGAUCCAUCCUUGAUGAUGUCAUUUCGUUAUUUUCUUCAAAGUCAAGAGAGAAGGGAAUUGAGCUUGCUGUAUAUGUAUCGGAAAGAGUUCCUGAAAUCUUGUUGGGUGAUCCCGGAAGGUUUCGACAGAUAAUUACAAAUUUAGUGGGCAACUCAAUUAAGUUCACAGAACGGGGACAUAUUUUUGUACAAGUUCAUCUGGCAGAUCACUCAAAUCUUGCAACAGAAGCCAAAGUUGAACCAGUUGCAAAUGGGAUGAAUGGACAUAAAGAUGAGACAACUGCCGUAGCAACCAGUGUUUCUCGCAACACACUAAGUGGUUUUGAAGCGGCUGAUAGCCGAAAUAGUUGGGAAAACUUCAAGCUUUUGCUUUCUUAUGAGAAAAAUGAGAUGCCCUAUGAAAAUGUAUCUGAUAAAGUGACUCUCGUAGUAAGUGUCGAAGAUACAGGGAUAGGUAUACCAUUGGAUGCCCAAGGCAAGGUGUUCACGCCUUUCAUGCAAGCUGAUAGUUCAACUUCUAGGACAUACGGUGGUACUGGAAUUGGACUGAGCAUCAGCAAAUGUCUUGUUGAAAUAAUGGGCGGUCAGAUAAACUUUGUCAGCCGACCCCAUGUUGGCAGCACAUUCACAUUUACUGCAGUUCUCCAAAGAUGUGACAGAAGAGCUAUUAGUGACAGUAAGCCUGUCAUGUUGCACCCUCUUCCAUCCAGUUUUCAAGGUUUAUCUGCACUGUUGGUUGAUAGAAGACCAGUAAGAGCUACCGUAACUAAGUAUCACUUGCAAAGGCUGGGAAUUACCUCCGAAGUUGUCGCUACCACUGAACUGGCUCUUGGUGUGUUGUUUGGGAGAAAUGGCCAUUCCCUAACCAGCACGAAGCUACCAUGCAUGCUGUUGAUUGAAAGUGAUUCAUGGAGCUCAAAGAUGGAUGUUUCCCUACGAUCUAGACUCCUGGAGAUGAAGCAGAAUGGUCACAAACCCGUAUUACCCAAAAUUAUCCUUCUCGCAGCUGCAGAAUCAGACAAAUUGAAAGCAAACUAUGCAGUUGAUUCUGUGAUCACCAAGCCUCUGAAAGCAAGCACACUUGCCGCUUGUCUAUUCCAAGCACUUGGUAUCACACAGACACAGCCGAACCAUGAGAAACGCGACAGCACAGGUUCUCUUCGUGGGUUGCUUCUUGGCAAGAGCAUAUUGGUGGUUGAUGACAACAAGGUAAACCUUAGAGUGGCUGCUGGCACAUUAAAGAAAUUUGGAGCAAAGGUGGAGUGCGUGGAGAGUGGAAAAGAUGCUCUAGCCCUCCUAAAAGUCCCAUAUAAGUUUGAUCUUUGCCUUAUGGACAUUCAGAUGCCUGAAAUGGACGGGUUUGAGGCGACCAGGCAAAUACGUGCAAUGGAAGCGAAGGUGAAUGAGGAGCAGGCAGACGCCGGUGAUGAUUCAGAAGCAGACGGCGCGACAAGGGCGGUGAAAUGGCACUUGCCGGUCCUUGCAAUGACAGCCGAUGUCAUCCAAGCCACCCACGAGGAGUGCACGAAGUGCGGGAUGGAUGGGUACGUCACGAAACCCUUCGAGGAGAAGCAGCUCUUCCAGGCGGUGCAGAAGUUCUUGGACCCUGGCAACAUGUCAAGCUAACACCGGAGUGAUGCAUCCUGGUGUGCACUGGGAGCUCUGAUUGUGAAACGAGGCAGCCGUUCUCUUCCAUUCUGUAAUUCCCUAACCGAGGACGCGAUCUGAUGAUUCCGAUCCGGAAGAAAACCCGUCCAGAGCCGUGGUUCUUCCGGGCUGAGCGCCGGCUCAAGCCUGCGGUGAGGAGGAGCACGAGGUCAAGGCAGCACGCAGCACGGACCGGUGCUGGGUCUGCCGGUGCAGCCGUCGUGUACAUGUAUUGUAUUGGCAGGGGACCCUGUUUAUAGCACGUAGUGUGGCGGCCUGCGCUGCUGUCGUUGGAGCUGCACGCGUGCUGAUGAACUUCGAGCAGAGUUUUGUUGUACAGCUUCCACGAUUUUUCUGCUCCAGUUUAGUCCGUUGAAGAAGGCAGGCAUGCUCGCUGGGUGCGGACGUGCGGUGCAGCAAUCUGAGUAGUUUUUGCAUUGGCAUCUGUCAUGUAUGGUAAUCACCUACAUAAGUUGAUGUAAUUGGCUCAAUUCAUUUCCAUAUUAUGGAUAUGAAUUAGGAUGGCACUGAUAAGAAAGACUCUUUAGAUUAUGCCAUUUCAUUCA